AAUAAAAAGAUUUUAUAAAUUAUAUGUCAAGUUGUUUUUUCCCGGGUUAUUAUGAAUAUAAAGUUGUCGAGAAUCGAUUUUGAACAAUCGAUAUAUCGAAGUUCGAUAUAAAACCUACAAUCAUAAUCGCACAUUUACGCGGGCCAGCUAAAGACGUUUUAUCCUUGAAGAGAUGUAAACAAGCUUUAUUUAUUCAAUUUAUUGUGUACUUAUAAAAAAAUCUAUACUUUACAACAUGUGUAAUUACAAUUAAAGUUUUUUUUAAAAUUAAAUUAAACAAAUUUAUUAUUCUAGUUUAAUAAUAAUAUAAAUAAUUUAAAAUAAUAAAAUAAAAUUUAAAAUUUAAUGACCUCUUGACUCCGAUAAGUGAAACCGGCAUUUUUUCGAUAUCUGUUGUCAUCAUGAAUAAUAAAUUACUAAACACCGACAAUAUAUUUACAGACGAUGAUAUACGUAAAGUUGUUAUGAAUAGCAUAGCUUCUUCACCAACUGUCUCAUCAACCGCAUCGUCUGAUUCUGUAUCACCAAACAAACCUUUUAAUGUUUCGAUUCACUCGUGCAUCGCAUAUCUUCGUUUCAAAAUGCCACCAAAUUUACCAAAUGAUGACGUCUUGGAUAAAUUUAUAAAGCUCAUGAAAGAAUGUGCACCGAAUGAACGAAUCAAUUGGAGAAACUUCCGUCAAGCAGCAGACCCAUGGAUAGCUUCUGUAAAGUCUAAGUGUCCAAGUGGACAUAACAAGGAAAAUGUCAAUAAUGGUGACACGGCUGAUAGUCCAGAUGAAGGGAUUACGAGUGACGAUCCAGAUGUCUUCCAUAAGGAUUUUAAUGAUAGUGGAAAAUCUUCUGAACUUGUUGAAUGCUCUAUCGUACCGAUAAAUAGUAUUACCAGUAGUAUAGCUAAGGAAUGUAGUAAAGUCGGUGUAUCAACAAAACUGCCGCGUGAAACUGAUAUAGAAAAUGCAACAGAAGUUGAACUUCUUCGUAAACGUGUUUAUCAGUAUGAAAAAGACAAUGCGUGGCUACGCGAUGAGUUAAUAAAAUCCGAAGACUCAGCGAAUAGUUACAAGCAAUUAUUUUAUUCGUUUCGUCAAAAAUACGACCGUCGUAAUGAGCAGUACAGACAUUUGGAACGUGAAAAUGAUGAGAAAAAAGAAUUAAUUGAUAGUAUGAAAAAAGAACAAGAAUAUUGUCAGAUUUCACUUGGAAAAUGGGAAAAAGAGCGUAAAAGUUUUGUUGAAAAAAUAGAAACUGAUAAACAGAAUUUUGAAAAUUUUAAAAUUAAGUAUGAUAAAGCCGUUAGUGAUAAAAAAGAAUUUUAUAAGCAAUUGACUAUUUGCCGCAGUAAAUUUAAAGAAAAAGAAGUCGAGUGUAAUAUUAUUCAGAAUAAAUUAACUCAAGUGAAACAAGAGCUUGCAAAUCUUGAAGAUUAUUAUGAAAAAACUGUAAGUCAGCUACAAGAACAGAAUGAAGAUUUGAAAAGGAAAAAUUUUAAAUUAGAAUUGAAAUCAAGUGACGGCAAACCACUUAGUGAGUUGCAUUCAAUACCAUCGGCAAUUAAUUUAAAUAUUUCUUCUGACCAUUCACCAGAUAUUAAUUUCAAUAAUCCAUCAUCAGAUUCAUUGUACGAUGAAUUAAAAGCUUCCGGAUUUUUGCCAGAUGUUUCGUAUGAAAAUUCUAAAAUCCGAGAACUCGAAGAAGAAUUAGAUUGGCAUGAUGAGAAAGCUCGGGACGGAAUAGAUAAAAUCGAAAGCUUAAUUAAAUAUUUAAUAGAGAAAAAAAUGACAAUCAACGAUAGUCGACAGCUGUGUAGAGCAUCGAGUCUGCAAACAAAAUAUAUUAUAAUUUUGCUAGACAAGAUUUCACAGUUAUCAGAGGCUGUAAUAGAUGCAUUCCAAAAAGAGUUAACUAGUGAAAUAAGUUGUCAAGUAUCAGCAGAUCCACUGGUCCAUCAAAAUUUUAAAGAAUUUCAUAUUUUAACUUUUGAAAAUUUAUUAAAUACGGAUUCAUCAAGUGGAGACAUUAAGGAUAAUCCGCCUUCGUUACAUUUCACAAGCGCAUUUGAAUCAAAAAUAGUUUCACGUCCCGCAGUCGCUUUUGAUGAGGCUAAAAAAAAAAGUAAAUUAGUUGUAAAUAAAACGCGUAUUGUAAAUAAUCCGUCAGAUAUUUUAAUAUCAAAAAAAAAUUUGUUAUCAAAAAAUACUGAAUGGAGUCCAAUUAUUUGUAACACGCCGAUAAUGACUGAGAAAAGUUUGCCGCGAAGAAAAAUCGGUGUAUUUGCUCGCAGCAGUGAUUUGGAUAAAAUACUAGAGUCGCAAACGUCUGGUGAAAAUUUUACCAGCAGUACUCCAGUCGCUGAUCCUAUUCCUGAAUCAACUACUUAUCGGACGACUGAAGACUGCAGCGAUUCAUCGGGUAAUUUGUCCCAGUCUCAGCUACAAACUUCUUUGGAAGAUAAUGCCGAUGAUUGUCGUGAAUCAACUUCUUCGGUUAUAAAUAAUCAAGUGAAUUUUAAUAUUGCCCCGGCUAAAUUUAAUUUUUCAUCUUCGAGAGUCACGGAAGAGCAUCCAGUGUCUAAUGAUCGCUUGGCGGUAACAGAUAGCGAUACCACUCAGUUUAAUUCACUUGGUAUUGAAAAAAAAUAUAUAGAGAGCUCAACGCCCAUAUCUGAUGAUGAAACCAAUAAUUUAGCAAAAGGAAGCGCAUCAAUGGAAAAAGGAUUGAAAAAUGUCACGUGGACGAUUAAAUCAGAUAUUAGUUCCGAAGCUCAGCAGCAGUUUAAUUACAAUAAUAAUAAAUGCGACAUUUAUGCAGUAAAUGAAAACGUCGCUGUCGAAUCAGCUGCAGUCACACUCGCAAUGUCGAGUGGUGAGGACAGCUCGGAUUCAUCAGACAGUGAUUCGGCGAUUACUUGUGAUAAUAAAAACAAUGAAAACGAUAACAAUAUUAACUCAAAAAAUAUUAUUGUAAAUCAUCAGCACAAACAAACACAUGAGUCAUUCAAUACGGAUAAAUUAUCCCACGUAGACGAAUCCCUUCAAGUACUUUCGAGUCCACUGAAAAAUAAUUCAUCAAAUGGAGCGAAUAAAAUUAAUGAUAAAACAUUUACUUACAAACCUGCAGUUAAACGCGAGAUACUGCCAAUUAUGAAAAGAUCGAGGUCAGAGAGUGAAAACCUUGGAUGUGGUCACGAAAGUAAUCUCUAUAUUUGUGAUGUGGAAAAACCCAAAAAAAAUUUUAACUAUCAGGAAUUUAAAUUAACUGUUUUUCCGAGUCUCACGGAUUUUCGUUUACAAGAAUCGGGAAUCGCUCAUCUAUCAGAUACUGAUGACUUUGAAGAAAAAGAUUUAGUCGAAGGUGAAUUGGAGCGAAAAUACGUAGCAUUUUCUCUCGGGCUCUGUACCGACAGAUUGACACUGUCACGUAGAAAAACGUUAUCCCAACGGCGACGUGAUCAAACAGAACGUAAUCUCGCUAAUGAAGUGACAAGGAUGCAGCAAAGUAUUGAGGAACUCGCGCCAUUGUGCUUUGAUAGUGAGACAAUUGAUAGGAUAGAACGUGCGAGGAAUCAAAUUGAAAUAAUAGCCCAGUGUGCACGUAAAGUGUCCUGUGCUGCCGAAACACUUGGAGCUAUCCAGCAGGAGUCCAGAAUUUCUCGGGCUAUUCAUCUCGCCGAUAGAUACUUGAGGAUGCUGCGUACCCGGUGCGAAAAACUUGACCGCGAUCUAGCAGAAUCUAAGCGAAUCCUAGCAGACAAUAAUAUUAUUAUUGAUGAAAACAAUGGGGAAAACGGUGAAGAGUUGACUGCAAUUCGUUACCGUGGAUUACCAUCAACUACCAAUCGUACAAUGAUCGCUAGGAGACGAGCGAGUAUAGCGACGAUCUUCCGACCUAUUGGAAUUGGUCAAGAUGUAAUGAAAGAUGGAAUCAAACAGCGGAAUUCAGUGACAGGACGUGUGACAGUAAGGCGGCCUUCGUUGUCGGAGUCUCAGCGAUGGGAAGUUGAGAAGUUAAUUCGUACGGAAAGUUCUAAUUCCGUGGGGGAGCUUCAUGAGAUAUUUGAACAUGCCGAGUCCCGUCGAAACUCAAAGGAAGAAAACAGAAUUAUUACACCCGUUCAAGUCAAUAAUAAUUCCGAGGGCAGUUUAGCGCUUCCACAAACUGAAUCCUGUAAUAGUCAAGAAGAAACGGCUGUCGCUGUGACAUCCGACCAACAAACUCUUCAAAGUUCUAGAAUAUCUCGGAUGUUAUUUACGUCAGCGAAUCAACCAAUGACCUGGCGUACGUUACUCUGGUGUAUAACGAUCUCAUUUUUAAUUGGCUUCUUUAUGAAAGACGUCGUUUCUCUGAGACCAUACGAUGGACCUCUUCGUUGGUCGUCAUUUCAAGAGUUUAUUGGGCGCCAUGAAAAAGUUAAAAAUACUGCAGCGUUACCUCUUUAAAAAUUUUUGAAUAAAAAUUAAUAACAUUGCUGUCUAAUUAUAAAAUCUCUGAUAUUUUGAUAUAUUUAUAUAUUGUAAAAAUUGUUAUAUUAAUAUUAAUAUUGUAAAUGCGAAUCUGUAAUUUUUGUUUAAUUUAAUUUAACUAUUUUUAAAUGCUGGCUCAUUUUAUUAUUGUUAAAUAUUUUAUU